AUGGAUUUUGGUGACGAUGAAGUGCUGGUACCGAGGCAACUCCUAAGCGAGCUCUUGGAGGAUGGAAUCUGUCCUCUUCACCUUCGCAUCCAGAUCCAACGCCUUUUGGCGACACCGUCCGCCCUGAGAGAAGUCGCAGGGAAAGCAGAGCCGCGCUUCGUGCCACGGUUGGAGCAGCUACGCGCACAACGCAGGCGGCAGAAGCAAGCGGAGCGGGAAGAGGCCGUGCCGUCCGAGGAAGUGACCCCGGAGGAUGCGGCCCUGGCCGAUGAGACUGCUCUAGGCCAUGAAGACGAGUCGGUCCCUGAAGCGCCUGCGGCGGUGGACGCAGACGCCGACGCUGACGCCACCGCAGCGGAUGCCGCCACCGCAACGGACGCCGCUAACGCGGCGGACGCCGAGGUGGUGGACGGCGAGGUAGCAGAUGCUGAUGCGGCAAAUGCCGAGGAGACUGCAGCGCUGCUGCCCGCGGUAGAUGACUCGGAGUUGAUCUCGCCGGAGGAGGUGAAAGAAGCGCAGAAAUUGGACCAGGAGGAGCUCCUGCAGCUCCAGGUGGCCCAGCUGCGAGGCUGUGAGACCUUCACACGCUUGGAGCCUCCCUGCCUGGUGCUGGUGGUCUGCGGUCUGCCGCUCCCGGAGGUGUUAGCUCUGCGCGCCGUGAGCAGUUCUGCUCUGCAGUGGUCCAUGCACGUGGCCAUCGCGCGCUUGGGCCAAGUCUGUGUCGCACACCACCGAGUUCGGACACGCCUGUGGAUCUCGCGCUUGGAGGAGAUCAACCGCAGCACAAGCGACGAGAGCGUUUACGACUCGAAGGUUCGACGCUUGGCAGAUGAUGCGCUGCGUCGGCGGAUGGAGGCAGAGAUGGCAGAUGCCCGGCAAGACAUGGAGAAUCGAAUUCGAGACUUUCACCUGGAGGUCGACAGGCGGAUGGAAGCGCAGGCUGUGCGAGUGCAUGCGAUCGUGGAGGAGCGAGUGCAGCAGCAGCUGGAUGCAAUCCUUGCAGCAGAGAUGGAGAAGGUGCGGGUGCUGGUGGAGGAGCGUGUGCAAGGUCGAGUGCACCAGGUCGUCCAGCGAGAGGUCUAUGCCACGGUGUGUGAGAUGCAGGCGAAGCUGGCGACCUUGGCAAAGGAGAACGAGAAGCUUCGCACCGUCUUCCUCGAGCACCUGGAUCAUUCUGACCUUUGCUUCCGAUCCCUCGUCUGGGCGCUGAAUCCGAACUCCACCGGAUUGUUUGCUCGAACGCUGCGAUUGAUUUGGUGCUGCCGUCGCCGGUUUACGCGCUUUUCGGCCUGGAUGCUGGGAGUGCCCCUCGAUCGCCGAAGGGACAUCCUCCGCGCCCGCCUGGAGCUCAUGCAGCAAGCAGGAGCCCUAAGAGCAGCAACUGCUGGCAACGAGAGCCAGCGAAUCGAGGGUCGGCAAAAGCUGCUGGCCGCGCUGCAAGGCGCCGCCGAAGCCGCAGAGGCCCACCAUCGUGCGUCGGCCACCGUGGAAGAGGUUACUGAGGACAACGAGGAUGCAGAUGCACACGACACCCCUGAGGUCUCCGAGGCACGGGUGUCGGAGGGCGAAGCUCCGGCGGAAGCGCCGGAGGUGGCGGAGGAGGCUCCGAUGGAGGCGUCAGAGGGCUCAGAGGUCGAAGCCGUCACGGAGGGCCCGGCCACCACGGCUCCGGCGGUCGCGGCGCUGGCUGCCAGGGAUCUACAGCGGACGGCUGAGGAGCUGGUGGCCGCAGCGCUAGGAGCCUGCCGCCGCCCCGAGGAGCCUCAGGGCGCUCCACCACCCCUCAGGCGAUCAACCUCGAACCAGGAGUCCGACAGCGAAGCGCAUCUCACGGAUGUCCCUUCAGACGAGGAGGACAUGGCGGGCCUAGUCGCCACGGAGGACAUUUACAGUCCCUACUCGGGUGCAGCAGAGGCCACUCUGGAAUUCGAGGAAGAGUCCGAGCCAGAUUUCCAGGAUGCCGAGGAGGAUGAGGAGUUUUGGGAUGUGAGCAUGGAAGAGUCUAUGCCCACGCCUACGCCGGAAGAAGAAAGAGGCACAUCCGUCUCUGAGUGA